AGACGCCAACGACGUAGAUAAUCUUCGCGAUGAUCGUGGUAGAUCACCGCUGCGCCGCUCCAGAUCGCGCUCACCAGUUGAAAGACGAGACAGAGACGUCGGUAGAAGCCGCUCUAGAUCCAGACAACGCAGGUACAAUAAUCGGGUUCCAGUUGAUUCAGUCUAUUAGCUAUACAACGUAUGCGCCUUUGUACAGAAUAUCCAAUUUACGAGUCCGCUCAAACAGUCCACCUCCCCCUCCUGAAGACCACGAUACCAAUCCUGGAGACAAUUUGUUCAUUACCGGUCUCAGCUACAAGACUGCCAGUGCAGAUCUCGAAGAGCUGUUCAACAAGUACGGAAAAGUCCAAAAGGCAGAAGUUAUAUACGACCCUCAUACCAGAGAGUCUCGUGGUUUUGCAUUCAUCCGAAUGAACUCUGGUGAGGAUGCUGACAGAUGUGUCGAUUCUCUUAACGGUAUGCUCGUCGAUGGAAGAGCUAUUACCGUUGAGAAGGCCAAACGUUCACGGCCACGCACACCCACCCCUGGUCGCUACUAUGGACCCCCCAAACGUGGUAAGAAUGAUGAACCCCUGGGUCCCUCCGCGCAUCCAAAUUCAUUUAGUGACCGACCCUCAUUAGACUCAAGAGGACGUCCCGAAAGAGUGGACCGUCGCUAUGAGCCAGCCCCUUACUACGAUCGUUAUGAACGCGAUCCCAGACCUUCACGCUAUGACCGUUAUGAUCGCUACGAUCGCAGCAUGUAUGUUGACAGAGGUGCCGGAUAUGACAGAUACGACAGAUACGAGAGAGACAGAUAUGACAGAUAUGACCGAGAAAGGCGUCCACCGCCCGGCAGAUAUGAAGCCUACCCCCCUCGUCAAAGAUCUCCUUACUAGACCCAGUUGUUUCCAACAUUCUUGAAAAAGAAAAAAAGGCCUCACAAUGCAGUUUUACCGUUACGCAAUAAAUGCAAUAAAUGACCAUACGCACCCUUGAAUCAGAAAAUGAAAAAAAAGAACUUUACACACCUUUGGCGACGUUAAUCACUGUCAGCUCGUGUUCGACCGUCCAUCAGCGUACUUCACCGUCUUUUUGCUCAUAUUAAACCUCACAAUUUGCAUGCGCCAGUUAUCGAUAUUUCCACCUACUUUUCGUCCUAUAUACCCACAUCUACCAUUAACUCUUCCUGCACACUUCACGUAUUAUCAGACAUAAAGCGUGAUCAGAGCAUGCUCAGUGCUCAAUCAAUAGAAGCAUGGCUAAUAAAUUAAAUGUUAAAGCAAGUUAUGCUGCAUGUUUUGUACAAUGCA